AUGUCGAUGGGUCAUUCAUGUUCCUCUUCCACUUGCAAUGAGUGCGGUAGAAAGCAUUUACGGUCUGUGAGCUCUCGUGGAGAUGGAGGGUGGAACAGGAAAGAUGCUUCGCUGAUCUGCCAUUGUGGAAAGAAGACUGUGUUGAGGACUGCGAAAACGAGUAAGAAUCGUGGCAAAAAAUUUUGGGGUUGCCCUAGGUAUAAGGUUGGGAGUGAAAAUACUGGAUGCAACUACUUCAAAUGGUGCACUGAUUGGGAAAAUGAAGAAAGUGUUAGUUGUGACGUGUUGGAAGCAAAUGAUGAGAGGUUGCUGAAGAGUUUUGAAAAUGAAGGUGAUAAGAAGAUAGUUCAUGUGAAAAAAGCUGUGUUGGCUCUUCAAAGCUGGAUGAAAUUUUUGGUUGGGGUUGUUAGUGUUCUAUGUGCAAUUAACAUGAUUAUAAUUGCAAUGCUGAUGGGAAUGGCUUGA